GUCAUCCCCCGCGGUGCUUGGACAGUAUUCUUGCAACUCAACAACGAUAGCAUCGCAUCUGAACCAAUAUCUUGAACAAAGUUUUUAACAAGAGUUUGAUAACGUGUUUGCAUUAUGCGGUACACUAAAGCUUUUGCUAUGGCCGCUUUGGUCUCCACUGCCAUGGCGCUCGCGCUUCCAAUGGCACAACCCUUGGAUCUUGUUUCCCGCUCCGACGAUACCGUUGUCCCUGAUAAGCAACAUUACGAUAAGCGUAAUGAAGAUACAGUUGUUCCCGAUAAACAACAUUACGACAAGCGUCACGAAGAUACCGUUGUUCCUGACAAACAGCAUUAUGACAAGCGCAAUAAGGAUACCGUGGUUCCUGACAAACAACACUACGACAGACGCAAUAAGGACGCCGUUGUGCCUGAUAAGCAGCAUUAUGACAGACGUAACGAAGACACUGUUGUCCCAGAUAAGCAGCAUUAUGACAAGCGUCGUGAAGAUACUGUCGUACCGGAUAAGCAACAUUACGACAAGCGAACUGAAGACACUGUCGUCCCUGAUAAACAACAUUAUGACAAGCGCAAUAAGGAUACAGUCGUUCCCGAUAAGCAGCACUACGACAAGCGAACUAAGGACACUGUAGUCCCAGACAAGCAACAUUACGACAAGCGUACCGAGGACACUGUCGUCCCCGACAAGCAGCAUUACGAUAAGCGUAGCGAGGAUACCGUUGUCCCCGACAAGCAACACUAUGACUAAGGGGAUUCUGUUAUACCUACCCCUGUUUACGCUAGAAGCUAAAGGUAUCAAGACGGACAUUUCGUUCAGGCUUUGAAAUGGCGAGUAGGGGAGGUUGAUAGCAAUAAUAUUGUGCCGUAUGCAGGACAUGUGAGGAUAGUUUAAUUUGCCUUCAUUAGCUCUCCAAAAGACAAUAUACGUGAAUUUUAUUACUUUUGCCGUG